CAUCUGCAUCUGCAAUAGCACCCGUUGUUGCAUCACAUCUCCUCACAGCGCGCGCAGUUAUUCCUUCUCUCCCGCCAUGUCUCUCCGCACAUCCAUUCGACGCACGGCAGCACCGCUGAGCUGCACUUCUCGGACAAAUCCCUCUACCAUGCCGCUCCGAGCCAAAAUUACCCAUCCCGCUUGGAUCAGUGGAAGAAGAAUGUACUCUACGCCCACCGAAAACAUACUCGCCCCCCAGCCCGAAGAUGACCCCGACGAUGUCAUCUUCAGCAACAACUACGGCGUCCGCUCCAUCGAGCUCAACCGACCCAAAAAACUCAACUCACUCAAUGGCUCCAUGGCUCGCAAAAUCAUUCCCCGGCUUCAAGAGUGGGAAAAGUCUGAACUUGCUGGGGUGGUCGUCAUCAAGGGAUCGGGUCGAGCUUUUUGCGCCGGAGGUGAUGUAGCGGAGCUGGCCAAAUGGAACAAGGAGGGCCCGGAAGGCCAGCAAAGGAGCUCGGAUUACUUUGGCCUUGAAUACAAGUUGGACCAUCUGAUUGCUACAUACGAUAAACCCUACGUCGCAUUCAUGGACGGUAUCACUAUGGGCGGCGGGGUCGGCCUCUCCAUCCACGCCCCCUUCCGCAUCGCAACCGAAAACUCCAUCUUCGCCAUGCCCGAGACGACCAUUGGCUUCUUCCCAGACGUCGGCGCCUCCUUCUUCCUCCCUCGCAUGGAAGGCGGCAUGGGUCUCUACCUCGCGCUCACCAGCGACCAGCUCAAGGGCGCUGACCUUUUCUACCACGGCGUUGCGACGCACUACAUCCACAGCUCGUCACUCCAUAAUCUGGAAUCCCGUCUGGCGGAGCUGCAGUUCCCAGACUACAUGGAACUCAAGGACCGCCAAUCUAUCAUCAAUGCCACAAUUGAGGAAUUCAGCACGGGGCUCCCUCACGCCCGCCCACAAAUCUCGGGCGCCCUCCGCCGCGCCGUUGACAAAGUCUUCCACGCAGAGCAGACCACCAUGCAAGGAAUCCUCGAUUCCCUCAAGGACGUCGAGUCCGACCCAGACUCCACCCCCGACGUGCAAACAUGGGCCCGCAAAACCAUCGAUACCAUCCACACCCGCUCGCCCAUCGCCGUUGCUGUCACCCUCCAGCAGAUGCGCGUCGGCCGCCAAUGGAGCAUCCGCGAAACCUUCAAGCAGGAGCACAACAUCGCUUCCAAGUUCAUGGCACACCCAGAUUUCGUCGAGGGCGUUACGGCUCGUCUCGUUGAGCGCAAAAAGGAACGUCCUAACUGGCAGCCAAACACCAUUGAUGAAGUGCAAUCCGCUGCCGUCGCUGCAUUUUUUGGCCAUGGAAACACGAAGCCUCUCGAGCUUAUUUCUACAAAAGAUUACAACGAUUACCCGCAUGAAUGGAUUGGGUUGCCUAAAGAGGGAGAGAUUCUGAGAGAGGCGGCGGGCGGGUUGACGAGAGAGGAGACGGUGGGCAAGUUUGUGGAGAGGAAAGGUGCGAAGCAGGGGAUUAGGGAGAAAGUUAUUGAGGUUUUGGAAAGGUUCAAUGUGUAG